CUACUACUACUACUACUACUACUAUACCUUAAUACUACCAAGUCUUCUUCUUGGAUAAUACUAUAAUCACCAACCCCAUCACAUCACAUCCCACACCCAUAAUCAAAAUGCAGCUCUCCAAGAUCCUCAGCCUCUUCACCCUAGCCACCGCCGCCUCUGCUACCACCGUCUCCUACGACACGGGCUACGACGACCCCAACCGCUCCCUCACCGUCGUCUCGUGCUCAGACGGCUCCAACGGCCUCAUCACCAAGUACCACUGGAACUUCCAGAACCAAGUCAAGAACUUCCCUUACAUCGGCGGCGUCGAGGCCGUAGCCGGCUGGAACUCGCCCAACUGCGGCACCUGCUGGUCCGUCACGUACAACGGCAAGACGAUCAACAUUCUGGCCAUUGACCAUGCCGGCGCGGGCGUCAACUUGAGCAAGAAGGCGAUGAAUGAGUUGACGGGCGGCAACGCGGAGCAGUUUGGCCGUGUGGACGCGCAGGUUCAGCAGGUGGCGUUGAGCGCUUGUGGGCUUUAGGGGAUUGAAGCAAGGAGUGUGGGAGGUGGAGAGGAGGAUUCAAAUUCUCACUUAACGUAGGAAGUGAAGUUCGGGAAGUGGGUGGUGGGAUGGAUGAGGAGGCUGGUUGGAUGUACGGCGGCGCCUCGAGCACACCACCCGGUGCAGGUGCAGCAGGAAAAGGAAAAUGGCAUAACAGGAGGGGGACCACCGAAGAGUGCACAUGGUGGAGGUACCUCUAAUGAGUCCUUUGCAAAGAUGAUGUUCGUGGACGGCACUGUGGGGACGUGGGACGAGUUUCUUGUUAGGUCGGCGUGCCUGACGGUGGCGUUUUUGCUGGUGGUGAGGAUUGGGCAGAUUACGGAUUAUCAUCGUUAGUUUGGUGUGCUAUGGUUAAUGAAUGAAUGGUUAUUACGUAUGUU